CAAUUUUGCUAGAGUUGAAUGCUUCUGAUGUGCUCUUAAAAUUGCAUUUUGCUCUGCCUAGACCAAUCUUUCUUUUUACCCUUUUUGCACUCCGUUGGUAGCAGAGGUUAAGUAGGGCAAUGAUACUGGAGAAUGGGCUGACUUACUGUGGUAAAUGUAGCUUGAAAAAAGAACAGCCGGCCUGCUAACAACUCUUGAAAAUCUGUGACCCUCUCUAGCUUUAUCUCAUUAAAAAGGGUGAAUUCACAUAGGUAAUAUGGUAUUCUUUGCUUUGACAGGACAUUCUCACCCUUUAAGGAUUCAAUGACUUCCUGACUAGGAGGAUGUGGACCUAGUGGCUACAUCCAAGAAUGAAGCAGGAGGUUUUGUGGAGGGCCCAGGAAGAUAGGAGGACCAAAUUGGAAUUCCAGAAAUAAGAUCAGGAAGAGAAUGUCUGUGGUGCACCAGCUGUCACCAGGAUGGUUACUGGAUCAUCUUUCUUUCAUUAACAAGAUAAACUAUCAACUUCACCAACAACAUGAAGCAUGUUGCAGUAAAAAUGAGUCCACUUCUGUCCGCUUUAAUUCUCUUCAAAUGGAUUCUGUGUCCUCUUUUGGAGCCCCUGCUACAUUUGUUGCUUCUGACUCUACCACUAAGCCAGACAGUGAUCAUGGAGGAAAUUGUGAAAUGUUCAUACAAAAAUAUGUUUUUCGAUCUGAACUAUUUGAUGUCACCAAACCUUAUAUAACUUCAGCUAUUCACAAAGAAUGUCAACAAAAGAAUGAAAAGGAAGAUCUGAUGAAUGAUGUUAAAAAAGAAAACUUCAUUUCUAUUAUUGGAAAGAAGCGUAAAAGAUGUGUUGUUUUCAAUCAAGGUGAAUUGGAUGCUAUGGAAUACCAUACAAAGAUCAGGGGGCUCAUUUUGGAUGGUUCUUCACAGUUAAUCCAAGAAGGUCUUAAAAGUGGCUUUCUUCAUCCACUUCCUGAAAAACAGGACAAGUGUAGUGAGCGCAUUACUUUACCACUUGAUACUUGCAAUUUGUCAGAAUUAUGUGAAAUGGCAAAGCAUUUGCCUUCCCUGAAUGAAAUAGAACUUCAGACGUUGCAAUUGAUGGAAGAUGAUAUGGUUACAGAGCAGGAUUUAUUUUCACGAGUUGUUGAAAACAACUCUAGCUUUACAAAAAUGAUUACUUUAAUGGGACAGAAAUACCUGCUGCCACCAAAAAGCAGUUUUCUUUUGUCUGACAUUUCUUAUAUGCACCCACUUCUGAACUGUAGGAAAACAUAUGAUGUAAUUGUGAUAGAUCCACCAUGGCAGAACAAAUCAGUUAAAAGAAGUAACAGGUACAGUUAUUUAUCACCCUUGCAAAUAAAGCAACUACCUAUCCCUAAACUGGCUGCUCCAAACUGUCUUGUUGUGACUUGGGUGACCAAUAGACAGAAGCACCUCCGUUUUGUAAAGGAAGAACUUUAUCCUUCUUGGUCUGUGGAGAUAGUUGCUGAAUGGCACUGGGUAAAAAUCACCACUUCAGGAGAGUUUGUAUUCCCAUUAGAUUCUCCACACAAAAAGCCUUAUGAAGGUCUUAUACUGGGGAGAGUUAGAGAAGAAACUGCUUUACCGUUAAGGAAUGCAGAUGUAAGAGUGCUCCCCAUUCCAGAUCACAAGUUAAUUGUCAGUGUGCCCUGUACUCUUCACUCACAUAAGCCACCACUUGCUGAGGUUCUAAAAGACUAUAUCAAGCCAGAUGGGGAAUGUUUGGAAUUGUUUGCUCGAAAUUUACAGCCAGGUUGGACUAGUUGGGGCAAUGAAGUUCUCAAAUUUCAACAUGUGGAUUAUUUUAUUGCGGUGGAGUCUAGAAGCUGACUAUGAUCUUAAAGUUAUGACUUUAUUCAGUUUUUCCUCACCCCUUCUCCCUUCGUUCUAACUGAUUUUUCCUUUUAUGACCAUCAAGUAUACUUACAAAUGUAAACAGGAUUUGGUUUUUCUGCAAAAUGACCAGAAGUGACUAGCCUUCAUGUAAUUUUGAGAUGAAUUUUACUUCAGUUGCACUAGUAUGCCACAUUAUUCUAGAUUCACCACAAAUAAAGAGGUCAGCAGUUAGAAAGAUGGUAAGACUUUGUUGUUGAAAAAGUUCACAAAGCAUGCACUGUGGACCAGAGGUCAUGAUUCUGCCUAUGGAUGUGUUUUGUUUGGCCCAUACAGUGUUGUAAAAAAAUUUGAACCAUCAUUCUAAAAAAUCAGGAAUUUCAUAUAAAAGUCCAGAUUUCUGCUCCUCUUUAAACAUCAGAUGCUCUGGCUACACUGUGGCCGGUGUUCUUUCCUGGCAUCAAUCCGCAGGACCCGGUGGUGGCAGCUCACUUGGGAAAGACUGUGUACUCUCCAGUUUACCACAGUAUUGCUUGCUCCAUGCUGCUCACUUAUGUCGUCUACUUGGCCCCUGUACAACCUGAAUUUACAGCCUCCGGUGUACUGUUACAUUCUAGAAAAAGUAUUCAGAGACUUGCCAUCUACUGCAUCAUUGUACUGAGUCUAUGAAACAUUUUUGGAGGGUUUUAAAUUGCAUUCAAGGUCACUUUCAAGUACUUCUUAGUUUUGCUUGUUUUUCUAGAAGAAAAUUAAAAAUAUUUCUUAUAAAAAUAUCAGAAAGUAAACACUGUUUAUGAUUAUGAAAGAACUAUUUAUAUUAUUUACAGAUUUUCUACAAAUAAAUAUUUGUUUACUAAGUAAAA